GCUUUCAUGCAACAAAGUAACUGUAUGAUGGAACAUGCAGGUUUGGUAACGUUGUAUUGUAUUACAUGCUUGUUGGUGUGAGAUGUCACAUGCUGCGUUUAUGCGCCAUUACCGCUUGCUGCCACUCAGGCUGUUUUUGUUAUUUUGGGACGUGCAUGCAGUCUAUUUAAUGUAUAUGUUCUAUUAUACACGUCAAUGUGCAUGGUAUUGUUUAUUCUCAAGUACAAUGAAGCGAUACAGGGUGUUGUGAGCAUGCUGUAAAAACUUUAAAGAGCGCAAGAAGCACAGGACCAAGCGUCUGCUAUUGGUUCGUGUCCACAGGGACUUUUUUGUGGACACGUACCACAAAAGACGUACACGUAACUGUUGACUGUUGUGCGUUAGCAGCCAGUUUCUAGACAGUUUACUGCGAUUUUUUCAAAUCCUAUUUCUCGCUGUCAAGCUAUUGGAGGUUUCAUGUUCGAACUAGGUUACAGAAAGAUCAAAUGAUGAGUGGGAACCAUACUCUGAUGAGGACUCGCGUGUAGACCAAUGGUAAAUGGACUGCAUCUAUGUAGCGAUUUUCUUGGCGGUUUGCAACCAUUUAAAUACCGCUCACCCUCUCCUUGCAAGCGUGUAAGAGAAACUACGGUGGCCGCGAAAUGCGCGAAAAACGCAAGUAGCCGUACAUAGAGCCAGUGUUUGGUUUGUCCGUUCUGGACUACUGUAGAAACAUGGCGGUGCAACAUGGCGACCUCCGUGGAAGGGGACCCGCUCUCUAUGUAGCUAAAAACGGCUUUUUCUAAGGGGCCAUGGCCUUCCUAGGGAGUGCAGUUCGGCGGGUGGUGUUGGCAGUGCGGCCUCCUCUCUCUCCCUUGUGCAGGACAACCGCUCGGUCCUACAGCUCAGAGCCCACCAAGGAAAAAAGUGUUCCCUACGAGAAGACACUCAAACAGGAGAAUGGAGCCUCCUCUGGACCCACUAAACCUUUACCCAGGUCAGCGGAUGUGGUGGUGAUCGGAGGAGGCAGUCUGGGCUGUCAGACCAUCUACCACCUGGCUAAAAUGGGGAUGACCAACGUAGUUCUUCUGGAGAGAGACAGACUGACUGCUGGCACCACCUGGCACACUGCAGGCCUGCUGUGGCAGCUCCGUCCCAGUGAUGUUGAGGUAGAGCUCUUGGCCCACACCAGGAAUGUGAUCAGCAAAGACCUGGAGGAGGAGACGGGUCUCCACACAGGUUGGAUCCAAAAUGGAGGACUCUUCAUUGCCUCCAACAAGCAGAGGCUGGACGAGUACAAGCGCCUCAUGUCGCUGGGUAAAGUUUAUGGUAUCGAGUCCCAUGUCCUGUCACCUGCGGAGACCAAGGACCUGUAUCCUCUGAUGAAUGUUGAUGAUCUGUACGGGACUCUGUAUGUACCAAAAGAUGGCACCAUGGACCCAGCAGGCACCUGCACCACCCUGGCCAGAGCUGCCUCUACCAGGGGAGCCACGGUGAUCGAGAACUGCCCUGUGACUGGAAUCCAAGUGCGGACAGAUGACCUCGGUAUGAAGAAGGUGAAGGCAGUGGAGACCCCUCAUGGGACCAUUGAGACGCCUUGUGUGGUGAACUGCGCAGGUGUGUGGGCCACCAAGCUGGGAGAAAUGGCCGGAGUCAAGGUGCCUCUUAUCGCGAUGCAUCAUGCCUAUGUGGUGACAGAGAGAAUUGAAGGCAUACAGAACAUGCCAAAUGUCAGGGACCAUGAUGCAUCGGUGUACCUGCGCCUCCAAGGUGAUGCCCUGUCUGUGGGUGGUUAUGAACACAACCCCAUCUUCUGGGAUGAGGUGUCUGAUAAGUUUGCCUUCAGCCUGUUUGACCUGGACUGGGAUGUAUUCAUGCAACAUAUUGAGGGUGCAAUCAACAGAGUUCCUGAUCUGGAGCAGACUGGCAUUAAGUCCACCGUUUGUGGACCAGAAUCAUUCACAGCAGACCAUAAGCCGCUGAUGGGAGAAGCCCCAGAGGUCAGAGGUUUCUUCCUGGGCUGUGGUUUCAACAGUGCUGGUAUGAUGCUGGGAGGUGGUUGUGGUAGAGAGCUGGCUCACUGGAUCAUACAUGGCCGCCCUGAAAAGGAUAUGUAUGGUUAUGACAUCAGGCGUUUCCAUAACUCGCUGACAGGCAACCAACGCUGGAUCAGAGAGAGAAGCCAUGAGUCGUAUGCUAAAAACUACUCUGUGGUGUUUCCCUUUGAUGAACCGCUGGCCAGCCGAAACAUGAGGAAGGACCCUUUCCAUCAGGUGCUGACGGAGCAGGGCUGUGUGUUCCAGGAGAGACAUGGCUGGGAAAGACCUGGCUGGUUCAACAAAGGCGAGCCCGCUCCCGUUAAAGACUAUGAUUACUAUGGAGCUUAUGACAUUAAGAAGAAUGUGAACUACAAAUACAACGAAUUGCUGGGCAAAGAGUACACCUUCGACUUCCCUCCACAUCAUGACGUGAUUAAGAGCGAGUGCCUCUCGUGUAGACACGGUGUGGCCGUGUUUGACAUGUCCUACUUUGGAAAGUUCUAUCUCACUGGACCAGAUGCCAAGAAGGCGGCUGAUUGGCUGUUCACUGCUGAUGUCAACAAAAAGCCAGGCUCCACUGUGUAUACCUGCAUGCUGAAUAAGAGAGGAGGGGUGGAGGCUGACCUGACAGUGAGCAGACUGGAGCGUGGUGCUGCCAACCUGCCCCUGGCACCAGAGUCCAAUGGUGAGACACAGAGUGAUGCAUACUACCUGGCCAUCGGAGGCGGUGUAGCAGAGCACAACUGGAACCAUAUUAGAACGGUUCUUCAGGACCAAGGCUUCCACUGCCAGCUGACAGACCACUCUGAGGACAUGGGGAUGAUCAGCAUCCAGGGACCCAAGAGUCGAGAGGUACUUCAGGAGGUGUUGGACACAGACCUGAGCAACGAAGCUUUCCCCUUCUCUACCCACAAAGUUGUCAACACAGCAGGGCAUCAGGUGCGAGCUAUGCGUCUGUCAUUUGUCGGAGAGCUCGGCUGGGAGCUGCACAUUCCCAAAGACUCUUGCCUUCCAGUCUACCAUGCUGUCAUGGCUGCUGGUGCAAAGCACGGCAUCAUCAACUCAGGCUACAGGGCCAUCGACUCACUCAGCAUAGAGAAAGGGUACAGACAUUGGCACGCUGACCUUCGCCCAGAUGACACACCCUUGGAGGCGGGGCUAGCCUUCACCUGCAAACUCAAGAGUUCGAUCCCGUUCCAGGGCCGUGAUAGGCUGGAGAAACAGAAGGAGGAUGGGCUGAGGAGGCGCAUCGUCUGCUUCACCAUUGAUGAGAAAGUACCCAUGUUUGGUCUGGAGGCCAUUUUCCGUAACGGCGUUCCCGUUGGUCACCUACGGCGUUCUGACUAUGGCUUCUUUAUCGACAAAACUAUCGGUUAUGGAUACAUCCGCAACCCUGAUGGAGGAGUGGUGAGUGCCGAUUUCAUAAAGACCGGCGAGUUUACCAUGGAGAGGAUGGGAGUGACGUACAAGGCCAAGGCCCACCUCAGAUCUCCAUUUGACCCUGAGAAUAAACGCAUCAAGGGCAUCUAUGCUUGAGAAGGACCACACAUGUAAAAGACUGGUUGGAGAAUGAGGCUGAGAGAGGUGCAACUGUUUUUUUUUACAUGUAGGUGCAACUGUUUUAGUCUUUUACGAGGCAUCUCAAAUGUUGAUAAUUUUAUUCAUAUUAUAUCUGAUUUGGUGGAAAUGGAGGGGAUAUAACGACAAAUUUAGAUGGUCGAACAUCUGUAUCACGAUAUCAAAGAGGUGCCGAUUUCAGUCUGACAUGAAUUUUUUGUUGUUAAGGAUGCUUCAACUCAGCUCCACAUUGUUAUACCCUCUCUGGGUUUGAGAGAAACAGUGUUCCCUUGUGAAUGUUCUCAUGUGAGUCGUAUUACUAUGAAGACAAAUUCAGUCUUAUUAUCUCCAGUAAUAAAAUAUUUUUUUUACCAGUACACCUGGGUUAACUUAAAAAGACCCAUUCAUGAUCCUGGAUUGAUCAUAAGGACUCAAAUAACAGCACAUGAUCAAUUUUUAGCCAGUUUUAGAAAUAGAAACUAAACUGAACAAUCUCUGUUCUCCAUGUCAUUGGAGUUUUCAAGCGGUAUGGUUGCAUAUAUGAUACCUUAACACUAGAUAACUCUGGAAGCCCUAAUCUUAAUUACCAUGAUCAUAGGUGUGAUGGUAAUGUUAUAUAUGAAGCACAUACAGCUGUUUCCCUUGUAACCAAAGUACAAGUUACAAAUGCUUGUGUGUCUAAAGUAAAUGCCAUAAAUUAACAGUUAGUGGCCGGGUCCUUUUGUGUACUUAAGCAGAAGAGAAAACUACUGUAGACCUUUUUUAGAAAUAGGCUGGUAAUAGAGUCAAGCCAUUAAUUAUAAUUUUGUCUAUAAAGUGCUCUGCAUCAUAUAAUGUAGUGCUGUAAUAUUUAAUUUCUAAUUCAUCCCAUGAGGCCAUAGAGUACCGUAUUAGGGAAUAAAAGUAUUGUUAAACUAUACACUAGCCCUUCAGGCAGUUUGACUCAGAUUACAGUGACUGAUGUUUGUGCUGAUAACAAUGAUUAAAAACAGAGUUUUACUUGCUUGUAUGGUAUCUAAAUCAUAGGCCUGAGUGUUUAUCAGAGUUGCAGGGAAAGGGAGAAAAAAACACCUCAAGGCACAGUGUACCAGCCGGGGACAAAACACUGCUGGAGAAAAAUGACAGAAAAGGACGAGAGUUAUCAGAAAGCAGCUGUUACAGAUAGAAACCCCUUUGUUUUCUGAUCCAUCCCGCCGUUGCUUUGCUCUGCGGUGAUAAACUGCUGUUUGCAAACUCCAUUCUCUCUACAUUGUGAUUUAAUAAGGCUAUCUACCAAUUCAGGCUUUCUUAAGAGCUCUCAUUUUGUCUUAUUUUGCUGUUAAAUCAAACAACAUUUUGUGCAUCUGCUUCAUGGCAAGGCCCUCCCAGCAGUUCAGGGGGCAUAAUCACUUCUCUCUGUUUUCCUGUAGUACUUUUACUGUGAAUCAUCUGCAGGAGGCAUUGAGCAACACCACAUUAAAAAACGUCUUGGUCUCAUUAAUUAAUACUUUUAAUUCAAAAUAUGAACUUAGUAGAGCUGAGUAGUGAGUAUGGCUGGACUGUAUUGUAGGACUUGUGUGAUUAAAUUGUAAAUUAUCCUGAAUCAACUACCCGAGUCCUUACAGGUUAUUCGACAAUUUACUGAAAAUGUGUGGUGCCUUUACAUGUAUAAAACUGUGACUUCAACAGUAAGAAGAGAAAUCACUAGUUUAGCAAGUGAUUCAUGUCUUUUAUGCAGGUGCAGGUAUGAGUAAUUAAAGAUGUUUUGUUAAUUCUUUGUGUUAACAUGAGUGUCUGCAAGCUAACUACAAAAUGUAGUUUGUUUUAACACUUACUAUUAAUUAUAUUUUCUAUCUGUGUUUACAUCCAUUUACACUAACACAGUUUUGGCCAAACAAAAACCAAAGUUCAUCACACGCGCUUUGUGAACAGCAGCCCAAAAAGUGUGUCGAAGUAGAGGAAGCCUUUUUAUGUAUAGCUACUAUUUACCUCUCAGGUGUGUGUUGCUGCACAUUCUGCACAAGAUGUUUACUAAUGUGGAAUGAUUCAUUGAUUCUGCCCAGAAGGCAAUUAAUCAUUGAAAUGGUUGUUCUCAGUAGAAGCUUAGGUUAAUAACAAGAUUUAUAUGGGAACACUAUCACUACUGGUCCUCUACCACAAUAUGUCCACAGGUAUUUUCUAAACCAGCUUAUAGUUUAUAUUUUUCUUUCUUCCAAUAGUGUGAUGUGAUUAUUGCAAAAGUCUUAUUGAUAGAAAGCUGGUGAAGUUAUUUCUUAAAUGCAAAAAGUAUACAUUUUUCAAUGCUGAACAUUUAAAUAUGGUUCUUAAAAUUGUUUAUUCUUGUUGUUACUGUCUUAAGAGAAUUUGUUGACCAGUUUAAAGAGCAAAAAUGACCAGUGGAAGGAUAUGACUAAUUUUUUUCUGUCCAAAACUAUUUGUGUAUUAAUAAAUUCCUUUUUAACUGCCA